AAUCCACUAGCGACUCCUCCAAUAGUCGCCUCACCUGUAUAAGGGUCUGCCACGCUUUCAACUCCCGCUGGCAGCUUCUGCUAGAACAAACAGUAUAUCCUCCACCGGUGUCUAGGAUUACAGAGUGCAAGUGUUAAUUAUAUCUGGAAAAAGAAUCCGUUAAACUAUCAAGAGUAUAGCGAAAAAUUUUGAAAACCCAGAAAUAAAAAUACUUUAUAAUGUGAGGUGAAGGAAGUUGCUUCAUAACUGUUAUCAAUGCAGUAUAGGGCUUGCCACCGAAGUGAUAUUUGUUGAAACUGACUACAGUUGUGGUGGAUAUUGUGCACUAUUCACGAGACUAUGGUCCGUCUCUGGUGACCAAUGGUACAGGGAUAACAAAUCCAACUCCUAGAAUGCCUGUACCAAACAAAAAGCCUCUGAGAAAGGGAUAAGUGACGUAAAUCAGAAAUGCUUACAGCCCAUCAAUGGCGGGUGAUGAUGGUGGCAGGCUGUACCCUGGUGGCCGGGGCGUGCGGGAACCCCUCCAGGAAGGCGAGGACGACCCAGCCUGUAGUGCAGGAGCUGGUAACCCCAGCCACCACCUACACCAGCGUCGUCUCCGUGUACCUCUGGCCACGGAAAACACCACUAAUGUAUACAGAAUACAAGAGGAACACGAACGAUGAAGAAUCAGAUAACCUGAAGAUUGAAGGUGUUAAGGUGCCAACCCUGAAUUGUGAAAGUGAUCAGGUGUGCUGGGAGAAGUACUCAGACCCGAUGUUAAUAUGUGUUAAGGGAUUAUGUCAGUGUUCCCCUCCAUCCUGUUGGGUCUACCAUUACGAGAUAACUACCACCUUCACCGCCAGAGAUGUCUUCAACUGCGGCACCUGCGGUGUACUCGGCUCGUACUGUGACUCAACCAUUACAUGUGACUGGCCUGGCGAGUGCUGGGACGAUAACUUCUGUCACUGUCCAAGAGGCGAGAACGAUAACAACAUUUGCAUCACAACAGACUCCAACUGGCCGUACAAGACAGCUAUUGGCAUCAUCUCUCUCAUUAUCAUCAUUACUCUUAUUAUGAUCAUACACAGCUGCUGCAUCACUCCACCAUGGAGGCAGCAGGAGCGUUGGUGCUGUGGCCUGUGUCCAGGAGCGAGUGGCUUUGGGCACCGCCGUAAUUCAACUGAGAAGACUCCAGCGUUCACCAUCCAGAAUCACUAUGCAAACUAUGACUUCCCAUUGUCCUCUACGGUGUCCCAGAACCUAGAGGGAGGCUCUGGUGAUGGUAUUGUUGGCGCUAUGGCGUUACCGAGCCACCUGAGACACCAACGGACCUUGUCCAUAAGCAGCUCCAACGGGGAAGCAAACUCGACCAUCUCUUCUAUAUCGACCACCGUGACCAACGUGAGCGAUGUCAGCACUGUGGGCGUUGACGAAGCUCGCCUUACUUCUCUUAAUGCCGAUGCUUGUGUAUCGGAAUCAUCUAUGGAGAGAGGUGCAGUUCAUCCCGGUGGCGAAAGAAUUUUCACAAUCAACCUGAACGUUUCUUCGGAGAUGGUGAACUUCCAGGCGCCCUCAGAGGCUGGUAGUAGUGAAGCGGGGUCCUCUGUUGGCUCGUCAGUAAGCUGUACUCACGAACGCUGUCAGUUAUGCCUACCAAAAGGCCCUAUGACUCGACCUUCUACUGUACCCGUCAUAGGUACCACUUCAACUGGAGGCGGAACCCUUCCUCAGCACUCACUGCCUCCAUACUCCGUCAACGUAAAGAACCAGUUAGAGUCCACUCGUCUUUAAGGCUUAGUGAUGUUAUUUUUCUUAUUCUUUAGUAUUUUGAAGAAGAAAAGUUUUAUUGGAAAUUUCUUUAACUUCUCAUACAUCUCGGCACCCGUUUUUUGUUAUGCCUUGAGGAUGGGUCUUGUUGCGCCUUACCAUCAUCUUGACACACUGGCAUGACUUACAUAUUAAUACAUAAUACUUCAAAAAUAUUCCACUUCCUCCACUCACACUCCACCAAGGGAUACUUUCUGUAUUUGUCUCUCCAUAUUCCUUCUCUCCGUUUGUCCCAUCGUCUUUCACUGCCUGUCUAUAAUUUCCUCGUCACUGUCUUCAUCCACUAUCUCAACUCCACCCGCUCUUCUCCAGGUUAUAAUUAAAGGUCUAUUGUAUUCAGUAGGACAUAUAGUGGUAUCUGUCUUUACGUCGAUCAUGAAAACGCAACACACUAGGAUACAAUCAGGUGUUAGAAAUAGAUAGAAAAUUCUCUCAUGAUAAUUUAGUUUCGUGUCUCACCUGUCAGAUGUGAGUCAGGUAACUAUAAUAUCAUGAUACGAGAUGGAGUUUAUUAUGAUUAUUGCAUUAUGGUGAUGGAGCUAUGAGACAAGACUGAACUUGGUCCUAAAGAGAGUCGUAGCUUCUAUGCCCUUCUCCCUCCCACGCUGUGAUAACCUGGUGUCUCUGCUGUGCUAAGUUGAUGUGACUUUUGAUGGCCUUAUAAGUUGUGAAUGCGCUGUUCCAGAUGACAUGAACACAACCUGAAGGAAUAUUAGGGUUAAUACAAUUUCGUGAUGUUGAAAGUGAAAGUGAAUCCCCAGGCCCUGACGUGGGUCAUUGACCUGUGUCCCGGUAGGAUAAUCCCGUGAGAGAGAAAAAGGCGUCACCGGUUGAAUAGUAUGGUAGUCUUUGUAGCCAGGAUGACCACAUUGACAGCUUACCUCUUCAGCCGCGAACCCGCAACAACUGAAUAUCUGUAACACAACUGUAAAUAGAUAUAAAAUGUCUGCUUAAUAUUCCUUGAUUAGGAGGUUAGGUCAGGUUCUGUGAUUGUCGUUUCCAUGUUCUUGUUUAGUAUCAUGCAAAUAACAUAUCCAUAAUUUUAGUGCAAUUCUAUAAAUUCUUCCGUGUGCUGUGCUUAGGGUGAUGGUGGAGGAGACGGAUUAGUGUCCGAAGGAGUCUAUAGAAUUGCACCAAAAUUUCUGGUGAUAUUAUUGUAUGAUACUAAACAAGAAAAUGGCAGCGACAAUCCACAGAACUCAACAGCGCCUGACCUAAUCAACUUAACCUCAUUUAACUUCCUAACUAGGGGUCUCCGCCUCCCCACCCCGGCAUAUUAAUAGCCACCAUGUAAACUGUACAGGAUAAUUCAUCUAUGCUACAGUCUAAAACCAACAUUACCACAACACUUAAAAAAAAAAUGCUGCAGGCUCUUAAAUGAUUGCAAAUUAUGUUUACAAUUGAAAAGCAAAACUAAAAAUAAUAAAUAUAUAUUUUUUAUGUACGCGUGUAUAGUAUAUCUGAAUUGACCUAAAACGCAGUAUGAAUUCUUGGAGCCAGAAAGUGAACAUAUUAAGUUGUAUUUACUAUGUUCUGCCUGGUAAUUCUAACUCCCUAAAAUAGUAUAUACAUAAAUAUUUUUUUUUUACAUUAAGUGAAGGAUUGUCUUGUAUACACUUUAGGGAUUAAUAUAUAUGUAUUUGUCUA